UGCUAAGCGAGUGGUACGACUCGGUGAUAAAGUUCAUGAGUAGCAAGUAUCACAGGAUGCGCAUGUCCCCUUUACCCUUGACGUGCCACUCUCGCUGAUGUCUCUGACCUUGACAUUACUUAUUUCUUUAGCAUGCACAGGUACUGCCGCUAACACUCUGUAUCGGCUAUAUUUCUCAGCGCUUUAUGUAAUCGCACAAGCGUUUAUUGUUUCAAACAAACAAAUGUCAUGGGAAUACAUGUGCAACAAGGCCUGGAUCAUCAACCUUUUCUCAUUCCCCCGUCUUCUCUUACCACUCACUCUACCAACCAUUAGGCAUAUCCUCGAUCCUCCUCGGUUUUUUCACCUCACCAGCAUGUUUGGUGACUUGAGUUAUCAACAGUCAUCAGCGCAAAAAAUACCUACCAAUACCCCCCUCCUGGCGCAUGCCCGCCGGCAGUUACCUAUACAUCAGUCUCGACUCGAGGAAACGCUGGAGAUCAGCUACUAGAGUCUGUCAUCUUACGAAUGUAUCAUUAGGGUGGAAUGAAAUAGUGACUCUGUAAUGUCCACGGGUACUUUCGGAUGUAUCUGUCAGUGCUUG